UCUAUGAAUGAGAAGAAAGUGGAUAGAAAUUUGAACUAACUUUUUACAACCGAAUAAUAAUUAAUAAUUCGCUACAAAUAAUAACAUUAAUAAUACGCGUUUCGGGAUCAUUUACUUAAUUUAUCAAAUUCUAAAAUUAUUAGCAUAAUAAUAGUAUGUGAUAGGUUCGUAUAACCCGCCUGACAGCACGAGCUUAGAGAAGUGUUGUACGUGGGAAGAUCGCUUCACAAUGAAUGAAUCGGAGGAUAUCGAUUUUGAAACUAUAAGAUUCAAUAUUAAGAAGGAACCAGAGUGGGAUGAAGAAUCGCAUCAGUACAAUUUAGAAUUGGGUUUUGAAGAUAUGAAAAUGAUGUUAAAAAUUGAAAAAGAAGAAAUUGAUCAUGAUAUCAGAAUGCAGAAUGCAGAAGAAAUUAUAUUUAUGAAUGGAAGUGAUGGCUCCUGUGAUGAUCAUACUUUUGAAAUGAAAUGCUUUUCUCCAGAAAAUCAGACUGAAUCAAUAAUACCUCAUUGUGAAAUAUAUCAUGAUUCUUCUUCUAAAGAAAGUCUUCCAGGAGCUGAGUUUAAUAAUAAUUUAGUUAUAGAUAACAAAGGAUAUGAAUUUUAUGAAGAUCAAGAGAAAAGUAUUUACCAUAAUGAUGAAAUUAACGGUGAUAUAUCUUAUGAUAUGUAUGAAAGAAAAGUUCCUAAUCUACAAACAUUAGAGUUGGACAUAAUUAAUUUUGCAAGAGGUAAACUAUUUCAAUGUAAAAUUUGCAAAAAAAGAUUUAUUUGGAAUCAGACAUUAAAAUGUCAUUUACUAGUACAUAAUGGCAAUAAACAUAUUAAAUGCAGAUUUUGUCAGAGGAGGUUUGCUAGAAAAUCUGUUUUGAAAAAGCCAAAAUGGACUGCUUACAAGAAAAAAUAUCUUCAGAGGAUUCGGAAAAAUUUUUAUUUUUACAAUUUACACUUCAAGAUAAGGCAAUUAAUGAAGAUUAGAAAACGGACUUACACUUGUAAUAUUUGUAAUGCAAGGUUUUUUAUAUAUUCUAAUUUAGAGAAACAUAAAAAUUUGCAUUCUGUAAAUAAGUUUCAUUGUAAUGUUUGUAAGAAGAAUUUUACAUAUAAAUCUAAUUUGACAAAACAUCAAAAAUAUCAUUGCGGAAAGAGGCCAUUUCCAUGUGGAAUUUGUGAGAGAAGAUUUAAAUAUGAAUCAGAUGCUAUAAGACAUCAAAUAUGUCACACUGAAGAGAAACCAUUUCAAUGUGAUUUAUGUGGAAUGUGUUUUAAGACGAAACUGGUUUUAUUACAACAUGAAGAGUGUCAUUCGGAAAAACAGCAAGAGAAUCAUAAGCCUUGCUUAAAGGUACGUCGAAAAUACUAUUACGGUGAAAAUCGUUUUCAAUGUGAAAAUUGUGGAAAGUGUUUUAGAUUUUUGUCAAGCUUAACAGAUCAUCAGAAAUGCCAUUCGAAUGAGAGACCAUAUCAAUGUGAACACUGUGAGAAAAGUUUUACAAGAAAACCAGAUUUAAAAAAGCAUCAGAUAUGCCAUUCAGAUGAAAGACCAUUUCUUUGUGAGCUUUGCCAAAUGUGUUUUAAGUCGAAAAAAGUAUUAAUGCAGCAUCAAAGAUGUCAUUCUGAAAAGAGUCCUUUUCAGUGCGAGAUCUGCGGAAAAAAUUUCAACCGCAAAUCGCAUCUAACAACGCAUCAAAAUUAUAAUUGUGAUAGUGGUCCUUUUCAAUGUGAUUGUUGUGACAAGAGUUUUAAAUCAAAAUCUUGCCUAACAUAUCACCAGAAUUGUCACCCUGAAGAAAAAUCUUUCCGCUGUGAAUUUUGUGAAAAGCGUUUUAGAAAAAAAUCGUAUUUAACCAAACAUUUGGUAUGCCAUUCUGUCGAUAGACCAUACCAAUGUAUGGUUUGCAACAAAAGUUUUAAAACUAUGUCAAACUUAAAAGAGCAUCAAGAUUAUCAUUCAGAUAAAAGACCUUUUCAAUGUGAAUUUUGCAAAAAUUCUUUCAGGAAGAAAUCAAAUCUAACAAAACAUUUAGUAUGUCAUUCUGCAGAGAGACCUUUUCUUUGCAUGAUUUGCAAUAAAGGAUUUAAAAUUAUGUCUAAUUUAAGACGUCAUCAAAAAUGUCACAUGGCGUAAACAUCAAAAAAUGAAAAUAAUGAAAGGUAAAUUGUUUUUAUAUAGUAACUUCCCACUAAUUUUUUAAAAUCAUUUUGAAAAUGAUUUAUACUUAAAUUAUAUUUGAUAUCAUGUUUGGAUUGAUAUUUCCAUUACCAUCUAGAAUUUGUAUUAAUAUUGAAUUUGUAUUUCCAUGUUAAUGGAAAUAAAUAUGAAAUCAGACAAUGCAAUUAUAGUACAGUAUUUUUCAAACACAUUUAAAAAUGCUCAAAAUAGUAAGACAGAACAAACAUUUUUCUAGUAAUUGCCAUAUUUUUCUUACAUGUGUCUAAAACUUAAGGAUGGAAAACAUUUAUACGUGAGUAGAGAACUAUAGAUGAAUGCAGACAAAUAUGGCAAGAACUCUAUUAUUUGAUUCUGACACAGUAAUAUUUUACAAAUCAAAGUAAUAAAGUCUUUGAUGAAAAAGAUACAUACAGGAGUUGAAUGUAGAUGGAGAAUGGAUGGAAAGGGCUUACCAAUACACAUGCAGAGACCUGUCAGUAAGGAUUAUGCCCAUUUUGAAUUGUGAGGUAGCAUUCAAUAGUGUGGAAGACUUGUUCAGUGACUUUCUAACUAUUACCGCUGGCAAUUAUGUUCAUCCUUAAGUUUUGGACAUGUGUGUAGUUUAUUUAUUUAUUUAUUGUUGUUAUUAUUUUUUGAUGUAUUGGAAUAACUGAAGGUUGAAUGAGAUAUGAUAAAAUUAUAUACUGAAUUCUCUCAAGUUUGAAAAAAGGCAUUGUUAGAUAAUGGAUUCUAUUCAUUGCAAAACAUAUUAAAUUGUUGAUUUUCUGUAAGAGGAUUAGUAUCAUCUAUUUUAGAUCAACCUUCAAAUCUCUGUUAUUCCUGUUUCUUAUUCACAUAAAGUAUACAACACUAUGCAAAACAACGAUUUUAUUUUAG